AUGAUCUCUGGCAGCACUGACGGACCCGGUCCCAACGCGGCGGCGGCGACGACGACGGUAGUGGUGGUGGACAAGGGCGAUUACGGCUAUGACUACGACGGGCAACAACAACAACAACAGAAACAACAAGAAGUGCGGGAUCGCAACCCGCGCAACAAUGCGGCGACGGCAGCUUCAGCAGCGUCGGUGCGGGCCUUGAGCGCCCAAGUGGUGGCGUUCUAUUUCCGCGCGCCGGCCAAGGCCUUCUUUCGGACGCGGGUAGACUACCUAGGCUUCGCACGGCAGGUGCACGAUGCGCAGACGCGGCGGCUCCUCAAGGCCAUGGAGGAAGGGUCGGCGUCGCAGACGCUAUCGAGGCCGGGCUUGCUGUUCCGGCAGGCGUGGAUGAUUCUCCGGAGCACGACGCCCGGCGUGCUGACGUCGGCGGUGCGCCAGCAGGGGUGGAGCGUGAUACCGCAGCAGGUCCUGCCGCCGCUCAUGGCAAACGUGGGAGUCGGGGCGGUCCUGUACACCAGCUACCUGCACAUACUGGGGGGCCUGCACGAGCCGUCGAGCAGGGCGACGAAGCGGGUGUACCCUCCACCGCCGCCCACGUCGACCUUCACGGCGGGGUUCCUGGCCGGCGCGCUGCAGAGCGUGCUGGCUGCGCCCCUGGAUGCCCUCCAGGCCCGGUACGAUCACCGGGAUCUGAUGGCCAACGGGAACGGAAAGAGGCCGCAGAGCAUGUGGACUUUUGGCGCCGAGAAGCUACGGGAGAUCGGCUUCAGGGGCGUGUUCGCCGGGUGGACGCUGUCGCUGGCAAAGGACAGCUUGGGGAGUGCCUUCUUCUUCAGCACGUUUGAGUAUGUCAAGGCGCAGGGGUACUACAAGUUCGUGACGUGGUACUACGGCGACCUGGGAGAGGACAUGGUCAACAUGCUCGCUCGGAAGAGGCCUGCUGCCGGCGCCGCAGCUGCCGCAGCUGCUUCCGCGACGACGGAAGAGGAGAGCAGGCUGAUACGACCCCACUACGCUCUCGAACCGAUAUUCCUACUCCUCGCGGGGACGAGCGCCUCUCUCGCCCAGCAGGUGUUCCUGCACCCCCUGACCCAUCUGCAGGUCGAGCACUGGGACCGGCUGGAGGAUCUGGAUGCCGAGGUGACCAGGCUGCGGGAGCGGCAGCAAGCCGCCGCUGCUGCUACCGCCAGCGAAGGCCCCCAGGGCCAGAGAGCAUCGGCGGCGGCGGCGGCGGCGGCGGCGAAGACAACCUCCUCGCCCUGGACCCUGUUUCGGACGUACUACCACGCUUACCAGGAGACGUGGGCGGCGUGCGCAGCCGAGGCCAGGACCGAGGGUCUCAGUCUCACGCGCUGGCUGUACCGCGGAUUCUGGUGGAAUUCCAUCCGUCAGGUGCCCAGCACCAGCGCGGGGCUCGUCAUCUUCGAGCUCAUCAGGCGGAAGUACGGGUUUGGUACCGAGGAGGUCAAGAUUGAGAAGGACGGGUAUAGCAUUCUGCUGAAUUAA